UAAAAGAGAAUUAUUAUUCAAGCUGAACAAAUUAAUAAUAUUCUAAAAUUCUACUUUUUAAUUUUCAUAAACAAUAACGGACUUAAAGGAAUUUAAUACUAAGUCAGUACAGAAACAAGACAGAAGAGCUAUUACAAAAAACUAUAAAUAUACGUGGAGCAACGUCUUCAGUAUAGGUCAUACAGUUACCAAAACAUGAAUGAGUUCACACGUCUAUCGAAUGUAAUACAUAUUUUAUUAUUCAGAAAUGUCCACAAAACUCUCUUUUCCAUCGAUCUUAAAAUUGGAGGUUUGCGAUACUAAUAUCAGGAUAUUCUGAUUGUAAUAUUGUCAGUUAUCCAGGAAGUACACUCAUCAUAGCUUUGUAUGGGAGAAUAUUAAUCUUUUGCAUCAACGGCAAACUUAUAUUGUGAUAGACUGAUAAUACGACAGCAUUUCUUCGUGCUGCUCGCUCUGGUAAUCUUGAAAAAGUGAUUGAAUACCUUGAUACCGAUCUGGACAUUAAUACAGCUAAUUCUAAUGACUUGAACGCUUUACACUUAGCGUCCAAAGAUGGCCAUGUGGAAAUAGUUACAGAACUUUUAAAGAGAGGUGCUAAAGUCGAUGCAGCUACAAAAAAAGGAAAUACUGCCUUACACAUAGCUUCAUUAGCUGGUCAAUCAGAGACAGCAAAUAUACUUAUUCAAUAUGGAGCACAGGUCAACAUUCAGUCUCAGAAUGGAUUUACACCGCUAUAUAUGGCUGCACAAGAAAAUCAUGACAAUGUUGUUAAGAUUCUACUAAAUAAUGGUGCUAAUCAAAGUCUGGCAACAGAGGAUGGCUUUACCCCUUUGGCUGUUGCGAUGCAGCAAGGGCAUGAUAAAGUAGUUAGCGUUCUUUUAGAAAAUGAUUCCAAAGGGAAAGUAAGACUUCCGGCACUUCAUAUUGCUGCUAAAAAAGAUGAUUGUAAAGCUGCAGACUUACUUCUUCAGAAUGACCACAAACCAGAUGUUACAUCGAAAAGUGGAUUUACUCCUCUUCACAUAGCUGCACAUUAUGGCAAUGAAGAAAUUGCGAAGUUGUUGAUAAAAAGAGGUGCUGAUGUGAACUAUCAAGCAAAGUUUAAUAUCAGUCCACUGCAUGUAGCUGCAAAAUGGGGCAAAAACAACAUGGUAAAAGUGCUUCUAGAAAAUGGAGCAGUCAUUGAAGCAAAAACCAAGGAUGGAUUGACACCACUCCAUUGCGCUGCAAGAUCCGGACAUGAAGAAGUUGUUUCCACCCUUUUAGAAAAUUCUGCACCUAUCAGUGCACGAUCAAAGAAUGGAUUAGCUCCCUUACAUAUGGCAUCGCAAGGAGAUCAUGUAGAUGCUGCGAGAGUUUUAUUAUAUCAUCGAGCCCCUGUUGAUGAAGUAACAAUAGAUUAUUUAACUUCUCUACACGUAGCAGCUCAUUGUGGACAUGUCAGAGUAGCUAAACUACUUUUGGAUAGGAAAGCAGAUCCUAAUGCUAGAGCCUUAAAUGGGUUCACUCCAUUGCACAUUGCAUGCAAAAAAAAUCGCAUUAAAGUCGUGGAACUUUUAGUAAAACAUGGUGGAUCUAUUGAGUCAACUACAGAAUCUGGACUUACACCAUUACAUGUUGCAAGUUUUAUGGGAUGUAUGAAUAUUGUUAUAUUUUUACUUCAACAUGAAGCUAACCCGGAUGUUCCCACUGUUAGAGGUGAAACGCCAUUACACUUAGCAGCUAGAGCAAAACAAACUGACAUUAUCCGCAUUUUACUAAGAAAUGGUGCAAAAGUUGAUGCUCGUGCCAGGGAGCAGCAAACCCCAUUACAUAUUGCUUCACGAUUAGGAAACCUUGACAUAGUAAUGCUAUUACUACAACAUGGUGCUGAUGUUGAUACGACUACAAAGGAUAUGUACACAGCUUUGCAUAUUGCAGCAAAAGAAGGACAAGAUGAGGUUGCAGCUAUUCUUCUUGAAAAUAAAGCUUCAAUUAAAGCAGUAACAAAAAAUGGCUUUACACCAUUACAUAUUGCUGCUAAAUAUGGAAAUAUGAAUGUGAGCAAGAUUUUUUUACAAAAAGACAGCAAGUUGGAUGCACAAGGAAAGAAUAAUAUCACUCCAUUACAUUUAGCUUGUCACUAUGAUCAUCCAAAUGUUGUACAAUUAUUAUUAGAAAAAGGAGCUUCACCUAAUCUUACUUCUCAAAAUGGUCAUACGCCACUACACAUUGCGGCACGAAAAAAUCAGAUGGAUACAGCUACUAUUUUAUUAGAACAUGGAGCAAAAACAAAUGUUGAAUCAAAAGCUGGAUAUACUGCAUUACAUUUAAGUGCACAAAAGGGGCAUUACGAUAUGAUAAAUUUACUCAUCGAUCAUGGAGCUGAUCCUAAUUACAAUGCUAAGAAUGGACUCACAGCCUUACAUUUAUGUGCCCAAGAAGAUUUUACUAGAGUAGCUUCAAUUUUAAUAAAAAAUGGUGCAAAUAUCGAAAAACAAACUCAGACUGGUUAUAGACCAAUUCAUAUUGCAGCUCACUUUGGAAAUUUAGCAAUGAUAAGAUUUUUAUUAAAACAUUCGGCUGAAAUUGAUGUUAAAACUAAUCAAAACUAUACUCCAUUACAUCAAGCUGCUCAACAAGGACAUGCUCAUGUUGUGUCUGCUCUUAUAGAAGGUCAUGCUUCACAUAGAGCACAUACAAAUGAUGGAUUAACAGCUUUAAAUAUCGCUCAAAAAUUAGGAUAUAUAUCUGUAAUAGAAGUUUUAAAAGGACUAUCUUACGAUGGUGUAACACCUGAUAACAAAAAUUGGGAAGAGAAAUAUAAAGUUAUUGCCCCAGAAAGUUUACAAGAAACAAGUUUUAUCUCUGAUUCUGAUGAAGAAGGUGGUUCAGACGCUUUAAUUAGCGAACAACCUUAUCGAUACUUAACAGUAGACUUAAUGAAGAGUUUACGAGAUGAUUCUCUGCCUAUCGAUGUAACCCGUGACGAUCCUAUUCAUAGGCAUGUUUCAAAGGAAGAAAAGCAACAGUUUGUUCAGAGCAAUAAUUACUGCAUAGGAGAAAAUUUUGACAAUGAUAAUUUUGGUUUUGGGAAACUUCAUUUUCGAUCAUUUUUAGUUAGCUUUUUGGUGGAUGCAAGAGGGGACACAAUGAAGGGUUGCAGACAUAGUGGAAUUCGAAUAAUUGUUCCCCCUAGAAGAGCUACAAUGCCAAUUCGUGUUACUUGCAGAUUAGUAAAACCAAAUAAAGUUAUAAAUCCACCUCCAUUAAUGGAAGGAGAAUCUUUAGCUGCUCGUAUUAUCGAGAUGGGUCCAGUUGGAGCUUCUUUCCUAGGGCCUGUAUUGAUUGAUAUUCCAAAUUUUGCUGCGAUUCGUGAAAACAAUAGAGAAAUUAUAAUUUUAAGAUCAGAGAAUGGAGAAAACUGGAAAGAACACGAUAAUUCUCUCGACAGUGAUGACAAUUUAUUAAACACUUCUUAUGAUACGCAAAUGAGUGCCUUACACUCGGGAAGAAUAACUCGUAUUCUAACUAAAACAUUGCCACAAUAUUUUGCCAUUGUUACAAGGAUUAAGCAAGAAGUUCAUGUUAUUGGAGCAGAAGGAGGAAUUUUAAUAUCCAGUGUUGCUAAUCACGUUCAAGCAGUAUUUCCACCAGGUUCUUUGACUAAAAAGAUCAUUGUUGGAUUACAGGCACACGUUAUACCAACAGAGCUAACAGCAAAACUUCUUGGCAACAGUGUAGCAGUUUCUCCUGUCGUUACAAUUGAACCAAGAAGAAGAAAGUUUCAUAAACCAAUUACUCUUACAAUUCCAGUCCCUCAAGCAGCGAAUAAAGGAAUGAUUAAUCAAUAUGGAGGUGAAACUACAUCGUUAAGAUUACUGUGCAGUAUUGCAGGGGGUACCAGUGAAGCUCAAUGGGAAGAUGUGACUGGAUCAACACCGUUAACUUUUAUGAAUGACCGAGUUUCUUUUACAACAACGGUUUCAGCCAGAUUUUGGUUGAUGGAUUACAGGAGUACAAGUGAUGUUCCACGAAUGGCCACUGAAUUAUACAAGGAAUCAUUAUUCGUUCCAUUUAUAACAAACUUUGUAAUAUACUCGAAACGAUUCGACUUAGUAGAAGCUACUUUGCGGAUAUUAUGCAUGACAGAUGGAAAAGAUGGAAUGCACUCUCUGGAAAUACAAGAAAACUUUUUGGAACUCGUAAAAAGUCGUGAUGUUGAGGCUUUGGAUGGAAAAUAUCUAUAUAUAGAAUUCAGUGGAAAUCUUGUUCCUGUUACAAAGUCUGGUGUACAGUUGAAAUUUAUCUUUAAAUCUUUUCGACAAAACCGGAUAUCGUUUCAUGUAAAAGUGAAAGAUCCAACUUUAGAUCCUGUCGCAAGAAUGCUUUUUAUGAGAGAACCUAAAGUAGCUAAAGGAGAACCUCCUCAGCAACCAGUUUGUGUACUAAAUAUUGUGCUUCCAGAGAUAUAUAAUGAUUCAGUAUUAAAAAGCAAACGAUUAGUCGUUGAAGACUCGAACAAAAUGGCUCAAAAUUCUGAUAUCAUGAAUCCGAAAUCUUUAUCAGAUCACAAAGAGAAGUGCGAUGAGCCAAAAUCGACUUCUCCAUUGGAGAAGAAGGUUUUAAAUGAUAAGCUGCAAAAAAAACUGACAGAGACUGCCACAUUCCAAGAUUCCUUUGCAAAAAAAACGGCUUAUCCCCUUGAAUCUGUAGAUGCUAGUUACCUUAAUAAAAUGAAUGAUGAAGAAGACGAUUUAAUCUUAGAAAAGCAAACUUAUUCGGAAAAAAGAAAGUUUUGGGAGGACAUUACAAAAAAGCGAAAUAGUUAUCAAAGAUCAGAAUCGGAAAUUUCAAAAUCCUCUCAGCUUACUUUUAAUGAGAGUGACAGUGAGAACAUUCCAAAUGUAGCUUCAGAAGAAUAUACCCCUGCUUUUUCAGGAAGAUCAUCCGAGACUUUAGAAGAUAUGAAUAUUCCAGAUAUUUCAGAGUGUUCUGUUGCAGAAAAGGCUCACUAUUUUGAAGAACAAAUUCAAAAGGAAAUUUCUAAUGUUAAGAUUUUACAUAAGUCACAAGAAUGUUUAAAAGAAAAAGAAAAGAAUAUUAUUGCAAGCAAAAUAGAUACAGAUGCAGAAGAGAAACAAUUUCAAAGCAGCGAUAAAAAAGAAGAGAUGAAGGAUUAUGAAAAAUUUAAAGACAAAGGAAGUACAUCCUCCAAUUUAGAAAUGGAAAGUACAUCUCAAAGUUUAACAAAAAUGGAAAGUACAAAUGAAAAAAGUUUACAUAAAAAAUUGAAAGAGUCUUCCAAAAGAGAUAAAUUGGAAGCAUUAGAGAAAGAAGUUAAUGUAAUUAAACCAGACAAUGUUUUUCUUCCUGAUAGUAAAUCUGACUCUAAGAUUCCAAUUAAAGUAAUAGCGCAUGAUAGCUUUAAAGGUAAACUCGAUUUUGAAAAAAAAGAAGAUGAUAAGGAGAAAUUUAAUAUAAAGACAACGAAUAAAAAUAUGUUUCAAGAAAAAGUAGAGAAAGAAUCAUUUUCAAUACCAGAAACAAGUGAAGUCCAAAAAAUUGAGAGAGAUGUAAAAGAAGCAUGUCAAAAACAAGUAGUUCAAAAAAAAGAAGAAUUUGUUCCUUUAAUGGAGACGGUAACUAUGCAAAAGUCAAAAAAUAAAAUAGAAAUAAAAAAAGAAUUUAAAUCAAAUAUUCCUGUUGCGAUGUCAAAAACUGAAAAAGAUAAAUCAAUUGUACAUAAACAAAAUAAAAUGGAAAACAUACUAGACGCAUCUUCAGAAUAUUCUUUAAAUCCUUCAAUUUCAAAUCCAAUUGCUGGAGAUGCAGUAAAAAAAACAGAAUUGGAAUCGCGCAUUCCAAUAAAACUUCAAGAAAACAAAGAGUUAAAGCCCAAAGAAGAACAUCAUCGAAUAGAGAAAGUAGUUAGGGAAGAAGUUACUUCAACAAAGAAAAAAAGUGAAACACAUAUUUUUUCAAAAACAUUUACAGCUCAACCGCAAGACGCAAUAAAAAUGUUUGAGGACUUAAACACCUUGAAAGACGAAUCUGAUGUUGUCGUAACUUCAAUAAUAGAUCAAGAAGCUUCAACAACACAAGAAAAAAUCGAAACUAUGUCUUCAGAAAUUUUAAAAGGUAAUAAUAAGUUUUUAUUAGAAGAAAAAAAAGAAGAUCAUAAAUCAAAAAUGACAUCAGAAAAAUGUUUGAAAAAACAAUUUCCCGAAAAAUUAGUACAAGAAAGCCAAGAAAACAUAAAGGAGUUAAAUAAAACAACUCUUCAAAAUACAUCAAUCAUGCUAACGUCUGAUAAAGAGAUUGUAGAUACCUCUGCUUCUCAGGCAGUGGUUCAAAGUGAAGCAAGUCAAAAAAGCAUAAUAUUAGAAGACAAACAGAGAAUAAUAAAAGAAGUUGAGGAUUUUACUAAAAUGAAAAAAAGUAAAAUUGAUGUUGGUAUGAAAAUAGAAACUGAUUUACUUAAUUUGAAAGAAAGUAUUAGUGAUGUAACUGCUGAUGAAUACUUUCACAAGGAAGAAUCCAAGUCAUUUGAUGCUAAAAAUAUUUCUAAAGAAGAAUCUCAUCCACCUUAUGAUCAAGCCAUGACUAAACUAGAAGCAACAAAUAUUGCAGAAACGCUUGUUAAGUCAAUAGAGAAAGAACUAAAGAAUAGAUCAAUUUCUUCCGAUGGUUUAAAGAAAGAAUUAGAAGAUUCAGAACAUGUUGACUCUGAAGAUUCCGAUAAUCAACUUGCUGAUGAUUUAACAAAGAAGUUCCAUGAUAUCACAGAAAAAUCAAUAUUACAAGAAAAUAUUGAGUCAGGGUCUUCAAUACAGGAAGAAAUUUUUGAAAAAGAUUACACACAAGAUAGUGUUAGUGUCAGCGAAGAUUUAGCAAGAGAUGAUGAAUCAUUUCUUCAAGACAAAGAGGGUCUUUCAUCAUCUCGUUUUCAUGUAACUUUAAGUUCUAGCAGUAUUUCUGACCACAUUGACUUGGAAGAUGUAGAAGGUUUUGUAUUGGAGGGUGAUGUAUUAAAAUCUAAGAAAUAUUUAACGUCGGAUAAACAGUAUCCGGAAAGUAAAAUGAAGGAUUCCACAAAAGGUCAAGAAGAAACAAAUUAUUCAGAAUUGAGUGAGGCUAGAGUAUUAGAAAUUAUCGAACCUAAGGAAGAAAUAUAUUCAAGAAAAGAUUCUGUUGACAUAUCUUUAAUAGAGAAUGAUGGAGAUAAAAGUUCUGAAUUAAAAUGUGCAAAAGAUUUAACAGAUACUGAUUUCUCCAAAUUUACAACAGGUACGAAAGUUUCAACCUUGCAUGAAAGUGCAGCUGCCGAUGCACUUGACGAAAUGUAUCAAGCAACCGGUGGAAAUUUACCAAAAAGUCCUACUGUAAUGUCAGAAGAAACGAAUGUGAAUUUCUCACCAUCUGAACUUCCACCUCUUAGAUCUUAUACAGAGAGUAUCAUAAUGUCAAAGAAAGGAGACAGUUUUGAAAUCCAUAGCCCUCCAAUGAUUUCACCAAGAUCAAAAGUGAAAGAUUUAGAAAUUAAACCUCUUAACUGGAUGAUUGGAGACGAGAAGAUUGAAAUUUCAGAGAGUUUACAACCUUUUCAAGAAUUUAAUAAAGAAUUAGAAGAAUAUCACUCAACGAUUGGCCAAGUAUUAGACACUGCACCACAGAAUAACGAAGAAAUAUGUUUUGAACCGGAACAGCAAAUUGAUAUUCAAGAUGAAGAUGCUCCUAAAGACUUAAAUAUGUCUCAAAACUUUAAAUCUAAAUUUACAGUUACAAAAGUGACUGAUCAGGAGUUAGAAACACAAAUAACACAAGACAAAUAUCAGGAAAUCAUUCACACAUCAGAAAAAGAACAGGAAGAACUCCAAGAACACUUUGCGGAUGAGUUGUCAAAUGAAAGAAUAAAUAAGGCAUUUAAAGAUCAAGAACAUACAGAAACAUGCUUUCAAGAUGAUUCAACGAAUGAAAUUAAAGAAAUCAAUUCUAAAAAAGCAAGUGAAACAAAUACAAAAGGAGAAUCUAUUCAUGAAGAGCAUAAAAAAGUUACAGAUAAAGAAGAUAAACCAAUUCACGAUCCUAGUGCCUUGAAGAUAAAAAAAGAAGACUUACAAAACGUUAAUUUAACUUCUAAAUAUGCAAUAACAGUUUUGGACCAAGUUGUUAAAAAGGAGAUUGAUGAAGUGAAAGAAUCUCUACAAGCAGCUAAACAAGAUUUAAUUGAAGAGUUAAGUGAAAAUAAUGAAGUUGUAUUUAACAUUAAAGACUCUCCUUCAGAAUUUCAAUUUAAAAUUCAGCCUGAAACAAUUCCAAACGAACUACCAUUUUUAUAUAGAGCAUCAUCUUCAGAAAAAGGUUCUGAUCAUGAUUCAACGCCGAUGUCUGGUUCACCAGUUGUUAAACAUAAAUGGAAAAGCACAAAAGAUAAGGAAGAUAAUUCAGAAACAUCCACAGUGGAUACAAAAGACAUUUCCUUACGAAGUGAUGAAAGUAUUUGUGAUUGUAGUAAAGAAAACCAAAUAACUGGUACCGUUACAAAUGUAGAUCAAAUAGAAUGUCAGCAAUCUAUUCAAAACUUAAAAGAUGCUAGUUUUGAUGAGUCUUAUUCUUCUUCUCCAAUUCCUGCAAGUAGAUCUAUUUCAGACACAGACAAUAAAGAUGACAGUUUUUCAUUACAACCACCACAACCUGCCCCUAGAAAACGUUUAAAACCUUCCAGACCGAAAAAAACUAUUACAGAAAAUGAACCUGAGAGUUCAGGAGAAAGCAACUAUCAAUCUUGUGAUUAUGAAAUCGGAAGUGGUAGCAGACCCAGUUCAUCUGAAUUCGACACAAUGCAAUCAGCUUUCUCAGGAACCCUUUCUGAAUACGAAACAGCAAUGAUGUCUAUGGAACAUUCUCGACCAACUUCUCAAGAUUAUCAGACCGCUGCAAACACUCUGAGUUCUCGAGAAUCAAUGAAGUCUCUAAAUUCAUUAAGUUCAGGACAUCUUGGCAGUGUAGAUAGCACAAGCGAGUUAUCAGAAACUUUAGUACCUUCUGAAACAGACAUGGAUGAAAAAGACGUAAUGGACGUUAAUCUUGAAAUCGCUCUGGAUGAUGAUCAGGUUACUACUGUUCCUCCAAAAAUAACAAUGGAAACUAUUGACAGUGAUAUUCCUUGUAGAAUGAAAAGAUCUUCUGAAAUGAUAUUCCCUCAGUCAUCUAAAGAUUCUUCUGUAGAAGAUCAUUCAUGCAAAGAUGUCAUAGAAAACAUUGUAGAUAGUGAGAAAACAAAAUUAGAAUUAAAGUCUAGCAAAAAUCCAGAGUCUAGUCAGUGCCAAUUGACAGAUCUAAAUUCAAAACAAGAAUUAGAAAAUAUUAUAGAUAAUAGUUUAAAAUCGAAAUUGAAUGAAGAAAUGCAAUCAGAGGCAGAAAGAGUUAUUGAAGUCCAAUCUGAUUUAUCUACGUCAACCAUCGAAACAAAACUUGGAAUUAUUAAAUCAGUUGAUAUUAUAACAACUCGAGUAAAUCAAGAAGGUAUUCAAAGUGUUUCUACUCAAAUAAUAUCCCGAGAAUCUGAAAGUGUUGACAGUCAAGAGGAUCAAGCAAAUUCUUUUGAACCAGAUUCAUUAGAUCAAAGAUCAAGUUUUAUAGAUCCAGAUGAGAAAAAUGAUGACCUACAAGUAUCGACCAGAACCUGGCUUCAGCAAGCUAGCAUGUCCACUUCUUCUACUUCUGGAAUGUCAAUUGAAACAGUUAUAGAAAAAGAUGAUCAUGGCCGAAAUUCGCCAGAUAGUGACUCAUUUGAGCUCGUAGAUAAACCAGACAUCAUGGAUGAUUUUGUUGUAAUUGAAGAAGUAGGAAAAGAAGCUAAAGAAUUUGAUUCAGAGGGAAAAAGUAUAAAAAUUGGGUCCUUUCAUUGCACAAGUAUUAAAAAUUAUGACAGGGAUGUAGAAAACCUAAUUACGGAAAAGAAAGACGAAAAAGAAGUGUCUACUAGUCAGAUAUCUAGAAACAAUGAAUUAUUUGAAUUUGAAUCAGAAGAAAGUCCCCCGCAAGCUUCUAAUGAUGAACAAUAUUCUCAAUCUUAUUCUGAUGAAGAACAAGACGAAGGCCGUAAGAAGUGGAUUGAGAUGCAAUUUCAAAGUGAUGCUAGAUUGUAUGAUAUAGAAUACGAAAGAGGACCUUUAGAAGACAUCAAAGAAGAAGAAAUAACUGAUUUUGAAGCCGGAAGUAGUAAAUUUGGUAGCAUGGGAAGUCACAAGGAAUCAGUUGGAAGUGUUGGUAGCAUAAGAGGUAGUUUUGGGAGUACACCUGAUUAUGACACAAUAAUUGGCAAGAAAUACUUUAUAAAACCAACUGAUCAUGAUAAUGUUUCUUUAAGUUCCCUUCAAGAAUUUGAGCAUUUAGAAAAUGCAGUUGCCUUGGAAAACUCUAAGAAAUUCAGUAGUGGAUCUCAAGACUCAGGAAGUAAUGGAAGUCUUCCAAGAAGAUACACAAGUAGGUCUGGGCAUGGUGACGAUAUUUCUUUAUCGUCUUUGAAAGAUUUUGAAGGUUUAGAAAAAGCUUGUAAAGAAGCUCAUUUAAUCGAAUUAAGAGCAAAGGAAGAAGAAGAUUUAUUAGACCAUGAAAGUCCAGAAAAUAAAUUUAAAUUAGAAAGUCUGACAAAGGCUAAAACGCAUAUCAGUGCACAUGGUUCUGGGAAUCAAAGUACUUCGGGUUCAGAUGAUUAUGAGAAAAGAAUUAAGGAAAUCGACGAAAUAAUUCGUAUUGCUCAAGCUAAUGUUGAAAAAUUGGAAAGGCAGGAUGAUACGACGGAAGACAUUUCUCAGAUAGAAGUAGAAAAAGGAGUUACAGAAGCUGAUAUUCCAACUACAAUUCAGCAAACGCAAGGAACAAAUAUUAUGGAAACAAGUACUGAUUCGUUGGAGAUAGAAGAUAAUUCAGAAAUAAAGCAAAAUUUAAUGUGCCGAAGUUCGGAUUCUUUGGAAUUAAAAACAACUCUUGAUUUACCCUCAUUGAGUUCAGAUUCACUAAACAACCUGAGGGAUCCAAAGGAUAUUAUAACAGAAAUAGGUGAAAGUUAUCAUAUUGCAAGAAGAAUUUCUUCAGAUUCUCUCGAGAUACCUGAACGAGAACUUCAAGAGUCUGAAAAAUUUUUACAGGAAAGUGAAACAAGUAGUAACCGAUCUGAAGAAUAUGCAGCUGAUGUUUCAUCACGGUUGCUUUCGUACACAACUAAUAAUGAUAAAACAAACUCCAGUUCAGGUGGUGGCACUUAGGAAGUUCAACACAUUAUAAAUAAUGGACCAUUUAUAUCAGUUUGGCACAAACAUAAACAAUAAAUACAAGUAUGGCGCAAGAUGCUUUAUAUAUGACACAUUAUUAAAUGAAGAAAGUAAAGUGUCAAGAAAUUCGUUUAUAAUUGAUUAGAUUUGAUUAUGCAUGCUAAUUUAAAUUUUAGUAAUUAUAAAAUGUUUACUUGCUAACACUUUUAACAGACUAACGUAAUGUAAAGUACAAAAAUAACCUUACAUCUACAUAAAAAACAUGAAUAUGGUACUUAAUAAGUAU